GAACUACGCAGAAACAGAAAACCCGAUCUCCCGUUACGACGAACGACCUCGAAAACUGAAAACAGAAAACAGCCGAGCCGACUGAGUCGAGCUGAAGAAAAACAGACUCUCUUCUUCACCUUCGAAACAGUUCUCUUCCUUCUCCAUCUCCAUCUCUCUCUCUCUCUCUCUCUCUCUCUUCACAAGCAUAUCGCUUCAUCCAUCCGUUGCUGUUUGUUUCCACCUCCAGAGCAGCCGCCAUAACCAUAUCUCGGUCUCCUCCUCCUCUAGAUAAGGCCCACGGAGCUCUUCUGACCCUUCGCCGAUCCUGCUCUUCUGUGUGGGGGUGUUCCAAUUCUGCAGCUCGCUGGGUGUUUGCGGGCAUUUCUUGGUUUUUUCUGUCCGAUUAUGAGAGAGGUGAGUUCCGAUCUGUUCGACCCCAGGGCUGACAUGGACUCCGACUACUCCAAACCCUCCGAUGGCAACUUCGGCUUCGCCUUCAACGACAGCAACUUCUCCGACCGGAUGCUCCAGAUCGAGAUCAUCGGCGGGCCCUCAGACUGCAGGUCCGACGGCGAAGGCCCCUGCACCAGCAUAGCCGACUGGGCUCGCCUCCGCAAGCGCCGGCGGGAGGACGCCAAGAAGGAAACCUCUCUCGAUCUCACCGUCUGUGCAGAGGAGCAGAUUCUGAAUCAGCCUGAUAUGGACGAUUGUGAAGGCUUUGAAAAUCAUGACGAAGCAGUUGCAAUGGUUGAAGAAUCACCAUCAGGUGAUGAAGCUGACUCUAGCAAUGACUCAAACUGGAGCAUGGACAGUUCUACUGUUCUGAAAAUUAAAACACUACACAUAAGUAGUCCAAUCUUGGCUGCAAAAAGUCCGUUCUUUUAUAAGCUUUUCUCAAAUGGGAUGAAGGAAUCAGAGCAGCGGCAUGUAACUCUGCGUAUCAAUGCCUCCGAAGAAGCAGCCCUCAUGGAGCUCCUGAAUUUCAUGUACAGCAACACAUUAUCUGCUAACACUGCUCCUGCGUUAUUGGAUGUUCUGAUGGCUGCCGACAAAUUUGAGGUAGCAUCCUGCAUGAGGUAUUGCAGUAGGAUGUUGCGAAAUAUGCCGAUGACCCCUGAGUCUGCAUUGCUUUAUCUGGAGCUUCCAUCCAGUGUUUUAAUGGGUGAGGCUGUUCAGCCUUUAACAGAUGCUGCGAAGCAGUAUCUUGCUGCUCGAUACAAGGACAUUAACAAGUUCCAGGAAGAAGUGAUGGCCUUGCCUCUUACUGGAAUUGAGGCUAUCUUGUCUUGUGAUGAUCUCCAAGUUGCCUCAGAAGAUGCUGUCUAUGACUUUGUUUUGAAAUGGGCAAGGACACAGUACCCGGCACUGGAGGAGCGGCGAGAGGUCUUGGGUGCUCGCCUAGCAAAAUUCAUCCGGUUCCCUUACAUGUCAUGCCGGAAACUCAAGAAGGUCCUAAUCUGCAAUGACUUUGACCAUGAUGUUGCAUCGAAGCUUGUGCUUGAGGCCCUCUUUUUCAAGGCUGAGGCCCCACACCGCCAGCGAACAUUGGCUGCAGAGGAAUCUGGCUCCUCGAGCCGCCGGUUUGUGGAGCGGGCAUACAAGUAUCGACCCGUGAAGGUGGUAGAGUUUGAACUACCUCGGCAGCAAUGUGUUGUUUACUUGGACCUGAAUCGGGAGGAGUGUGCGAAUCUUUUCCCUUCGGGUCGAAUUUACUCUCAGGCUUUCCAUCUGGGGGGGCAGGGGUUCUUCCUAUCUGCUCACUGCAACAUGGACCAGCAGAGCUCGUUCCAUUGCUUCGGCCUCUUCCUCGGGAUGCAAGAGAAGGGAUCAGUCACCUUUUCUGUGGACUAUGAAUUUGCAUCGAGGUCAAAGCCGACAGAAGAGUACAUGAGCAAAUAUAAGGGCAACUACACUUUCAUGGGGGGAAAAGCAGUUGGCUACCGAAACCUAUUUGGGAUACCGUGGACUAACUUCAUGGCCGAAGACAGCCAUUUCUUCAUAAAUGGUAUACUUCACCUGAGAGCCGAGCUUACCAUCAGACACUGACUGGACAUCACGCUGACUCUGGAGUUUGAGCGGCAUGACACUUCUACAGCUCUAACCUUCUAUGUAUGCUGUUUCAUUGCUGCUUCACCAACACAGCAAGCAGCAUGAUCAAGCUGCUGUAGUUGAUAUCGCGGGAACAGCGAUCAGGGCAACCGAAGAGCCAGGUUCUACCGUAAUUAGUGGGAAAUAUUUGAGUGGCUGUUCGAGUUGCUGGUGGGGGCUUUUCAGUAAAAUGGAGAGGUAGGCAAAGAAUGUGUAGCUGAUGAGGUUGCAAAUUUAUGAAAUUUAAUAUGAUGGCAAAAUGACUUCUUCUAAGCCGUCUCUUUUCCCUUGGGGUGGUUAUUCAUCCGUAUGGCUUAUUUCACUUUAUAGUGGAUUGUGGGUA